AGUGAAGUGUCACCGCCAGGCUCGCCAAAACAGAAACAGCCGGUGAGGCGCUGCUCUGAUGGUCCUCGGUCCCGGGACGGGUUCACACUGGAGCGCCACAAGCCCGGAGCAGGACAGCAAUGGACAUUGUCACAAAGCAGCUUUUCAGAAAUGUACCAGUAUACAUUUUGGUGGCAAGGAGAUCUCCGGGACUUUGACUUGAAGAAACCUUGACAAGAACCAGAGUCAAAAGGGAACCUAUCCCCAUCUGGGUGACACUGGAUACGUUGGUUGGAUUGUGUUUAGAGGACUGGUGUUAGGAGGCCUGGAGUGCUGGCGUCAUUGUGAAGAAUGUGGUGUCGUGGUGAAGAAUGUUCCGCAAGGUCAAGAAGCGCCACAGCAGCAGCAGCUCCCAAAGCAGUGAGAUCAGCACCAAGAGCAAGUCUGUAGACUCCAGUCUGGGAGGCCUGUCCAGGUCCAGCACAGUCGCCAGCCUUGAUACAGACUCCACCAAGAGCUCAGGAAACAGUGCGUCUGAGACAUGCGCUGAGUUCAAAGUUAAAUAUUUGGGAGCUGUUGAGAAGCUGGACUUUGAGAUGAGCAAAACCCUGCAGGAGCCAUUAGACCUGAUCAGCUAUAUUGAUGCAGCUCAGCAAGACGGAAAGCUGCCGUUUGUGCCUGGAGAAGAGGAGAUGAUCCUGGGAGUGUCCAAGUAUGGCGUCAAAGUGGCGUCUUUGGACCAGUGUGAGGUGUUACACCGCCACCCUCUCUACCUGAUAGUUCGCAUGCUGUGCUAUGACGACGGUCUUGGAGCCGGGAGGAACCUCCUGGCACUCAACACCACUGAUGCCAAGCAGCAGGAGUGCAGUAUCUGGGUUUACCAGUGCAGCAAUGCAGAGCAAGCUCAAGCCAUCUGUAAAGUGCUCUCAGCUUCCUUUGACUGUGUUCUGGCCUCGGAUAAAUCCUGAGGCCCGUCUCUCCUGCGAAGGCCUGCUCUCUAACAGAUGGUUCGCUCGGCAUAACGGCUUGAUCCCUGGAUAAUGUUUACAGUGUCUGUAGAGGUCACCCUUUUCACCCGGGACGGAGGCCAUUUUUGCUCAUCCUCUCGUAACGGUUAAGUUUAGGAUUAAAAUGACGUAAACCUGCUCCAUGAUCAAGUAAACCGCAUGCGUGUGUAUGUACGAGUGGCCUCUACAGGGAGAGCGUUUACAUCAGUCAUGUACAUUUAUACCCUCUGCUCCCGAUCUUACAAUCUCCAUCAUCCAAAGGCCUUCCAGGCAAGCAUGUACCCUUAUUUAAUGUAAAUAGACACUGAACUCGGCAUACGGUUUCUGCUGUGGUCCAGUAACUGAGCAUCUCAUGGGAUUACUCCUAGCAUUGGUACAGUAAUUAGUGAGUACGGAGGAACACAAGGACUUAUUCAUCAAACAUGCUGUAAAUUCCAGCUAUCUGUAGCCCUGUGGGUGGAAGACUGCUGAGGUCUGAUGUUCAGUGCUGUUGGCACCAGACCUCCUUGUCUGCUCACAAAUCCUGGUCCAGAUGGGACUGGAUCAGUUCAUACGGUACUAGAACAUUUUAAAAAUGGUACAAUAAACUUUUUAAUUAAUUUGAA